AUGACAGCUCCAGUACGAGACGCGUUACAAUUUCCAGCUUCUGAUAGCCAGCACAUAGAAGGCUACCUACCUCAUGACUCGCCUGUACCACUUCCACCUUACGUACACGUCGCUAAGCCUUUCGUCACAUUAACCUUCGCUACUUCUCUCGACAGCCAAUUAGCCAUCGCACCUGGUGUGCAGACAGCGCUAUCUGGCCCGCAAUCCAAGGCCAUGACCCAUUUCCUCAGAUCAAGACACGAUGCUAUUCUGAUUGGUGUUGGAACAGCUAUUGCCGACAACCCAUCACUAAACUGUCGAAUCGAGGGCGUAGGUGGAUAUGGCGGAGAAGGGCUCGUUGGCCAACCAAGACCAGUCGUCGUAGAUCCCCGCGGGCGCUGGCAGUUUAGCGAAGAGAGCAAGGUGAUGAGAUUAGCCAAGGAGGGCAAGGGGAAGGCACCUUAUAUUGUGACCAGCGUGGAGCCGUCCAGUUACCAACGAAAGAUACUUGAAAGUGUAGGUGGCGAGUAUUUGAUACGGUCUCCGGGGGACAUUGCUGCAGCUGGUUCGACGUGGCAUAUUAUCCUCGAUGCUUUGGCGCACCGAGGUAUAAAGAGCGUGAUGAUUGAGGGCGGUGGUUUUGUCAUCAAUGAUAUACUGGGGCCUGGUCCUGCCUAUUCUCUAGUCGACUCGGUCAUUGUUACAAUUGCGCCUACAUGGCUGGGAAGAGGCGGUGUACAGGUCUGUCCGGAUGGUGGCUCAGAACGAUUGCCCAUCACAAGAUUGAAAGAAACGAAAUGGAUCCCGCUCGGAGAAGAUGUCGUGCUCUGUGGGCGACCAGAUAAAACUCUUCGAUAG